UUCCUCUCCUUGUUUUGCUUUCGAUCUGGACUGUUCUCAGGCAAGCUGGGGAGUAACUUUUAGUUUUGCUCCUGCGAUUAUUCAACUGACGGGCUUUCAUUUCCAUUUUACACACCCUAACAACACUCACACCUUGCGGGAUUGUAUUGGUAGCGUGAAAAAAAGCACACUGAGAGAGUACCAUGCCGGUGGAAAGGAUGCGGAUGCGCCCAUGGCUGGAGGAACAGAUAAAUUCAAAUACGAUACCAGGGCUAAAGUGGCUGAACAAGGAAAAGAAGAUUUUCCAGAUCCCUUGGAUGCAUGCAGCUAGACAUGGGUGGGAUGUGGAGAAGGAUGCCCCACUCUUCAGAAACUGGGCGAUCCAUACAGGAAAGCAUCAACCAGGAGUAGAUAAACCUGAUCCAAAAACAUGGAAAGCGAAUUUUCGGUGUGCCAUGAAUUCCUUGCCUGAUAUCGAAGAAGUGAAAGACAGAAGUAUAAAGAAAGGGAACAAUGCCUUCAGAGUGUACCGGAUGCUGCCCUUAUCCGAGCGCCCUUCUAAAAAAGGAAAGAAACCAAAGACGGAAAAAGAGGAGCGAGUUAAGCACAUCAAGCAAGAACCAGUUGAGUCAUCUUUGGGGCUUAGUAAUGGAGUAAGUGACCUUUCUCCUGAGUAUGCGGUCCUGACCUCAGCUAUAAAAAAUGAAGUGGAUAGUACGGUGAACAUCAUAGUUGUAGGACAAUCCCAUCUGGACAGCAACAUUGAAGAUCAAGAGAUUGUCACUAAUCCACCAGACAUUUGCCAAGUUGUGGAAGUGACCACUGAGAGUGAUGACCAGCCAGUCAGCAUGAGCGAGCUCUACCCUCUACAGAUUUCUCCUGUGUCUUCCUACGCAGAAAGUGAAACUACCGACAGCGUGCCUAGUGAUGAGGAGAAUGCAGAGGGGAAACCACACUGGCGGAAGAGGAACAUUGAAGGCAAACAGUACCUUAGCAACAUGGGGACACGGAGCACCUACUUGCUGCCCAGCAUGGCGACCUUUGUCACUUCCAGCAAGCCAGAUCUGCAGGUCACCAUCAAAGAAGAGAGCUGUCCAAUGCCUUACAACAGCUCCUGGCCCCCGUUUACAGACAUCUCUCUCCCUGCCCCAGUGACCCCCACACCCAGCAGCAGCCGGCCGGACAGGGAGACCCGGGCCAGCGUCAUCAAGAAGACCUCUGAUAUCACCCAGGCCCGUGUCAAGAGCUGUUAAGCCUUUGACUCUCUCUGGUGGUUGUUGGGAUUUCUUAGCUUUGUGUUGUUAUUUGUUUGUAUUUUAUUUUUCUCUCUGAUACCUAUCUUAGACAAAUCUAAGGGAAAAAGCCUUGUCAAUAGAAUAUUGAUUGCUGUGUCCAACUCCAGGGCUGGGGCUUCUUUCUAAACUCAGGACUCCAGCCCCUUGGUAGAUGCAUAUCUCUAGAACCUGCUGGAUCUCCCAAGGCUACUCCCUCAAGUUCAUGGACCAACAGCCACACGGGCAGUGGAGGUGCUGCGUUGCCUACGGUCAAGGCCAGCAUGGUGGAGUGGAUGCCUCAGAACGGACGAGAAAAUGUGAACUAGCUGGAAUUUUUUUAUUCUUGUGAAUAUGUACAUAGGGCAGUACUAGCCACGUUGCAGUCUGCUUCUGCACCUUAUCUUGAAGCACUUACAAUAGGCCUUCUUGUGAUCUUGCUCUUCUUCACAGCACACUCGGAGUCCCCUCUGUGCCCAUUACCCCACGACCCACCCUUCACCAGCCCAUCCAAUCCCAGCCCACUAACCAACCCCCCCCAACCCAUCCAAUCCCAGCCCACUAAUGAACCUCCCAACCCAUCCAAUCCCAGCCUACUAACCAACCCCCAACCCAUCAAAUCCCAGCCCACUACCCAUCCAAUCCCAGCCCACUACCCAUCUUCUCCCUCCCCAACCCAUCCAAUCCCA